AAAGAGCUUAAGAGGAAGAAGAAGAAGAAAAACAAAUUAAGGAUGUAUACAAUGAGGAGUUUCAAGUAUAUUGCAACUAUGAUCAUUAUUCUUCUUGUUUUUCUUCCAAUUGUCAUGAAUGCAAGGCAUAUUCCCAAGAUUAACUCAUAUGAAAGACAUAUGGUCAUGUCACCAACUAAAAAGACAACAUUGGCAAGGGGAGUAAUGGCAAAAAGAGCAGAUACAUUGCAAGUAGCAGGAUCAAGAUUACCAGAUUGUUCUCAUGCAUGUGGAUCAUGUAAACCUUGUAGAUUAGUGAUGGUUAGUUUUGUUUGUUCAUCAUUAGAAGAAGCUGAGACUUGUCCUGUUGCUUACAAAUGUAUGUGUCAUAACAAGUCAUACCCUGUACCUUAAUUAAU